AUGUCUAAGGAGGAUGAGGUUGCUUUGGAGCAACUACAAAAAUUCACCGUUCGCACUGGAAGUCGUUUCGAGACCAGCUUAUUGUGGAAGCACCCAGACAUUGAAAUUCCCGAUAGCUUAUCAAUGGCCCUAUUUCGGGCGAACUGUCUACGGAAAAGGAUGCAACGAGACCACGAUCUCGCUGAAACUCUUCACACAAAGAUACGCGAUUAUAUUCAAAAGGGGUAUAUCAGACGUUUAGGACUCCUCGACUCCGCCGUCAAAAAAUAUUGGUAUUUGCCGAUUUUUGCAGUUACCAAUCCCAAUAAACCAGGAAAGGUUAGACUAGUCUGGGACGCAGCUGCUAAGGUAAAUGGAGUGUCCCUAAACAGCAUGCUGCUGAAAGGCCCAGACCUAACAACUCCUCUACACUCGGUGCUCUUUAAGUUUCGACAAAAGAGAUUUGCUGUGACAGCCGAUAUAGCUGAAAUGUUUCACCAAGUUCGUGUACGACAAGAAGACCAAAACUUCCUACGUUUUCUUUGGUAUGAACCAAACGCUAAUGAGCCGACUACAUUUGCAAUGACAGUGAUGACGUUUGGGGCCACAUGUUCACCAAGCUGCGCGCAAUAUGUAAAAAAUAGGAAUGCAGAAGAUUUUCAAGAAAAAUUUCCUCUUGCUUCAAAGUGCAUCACCGAAAAUCACUACGUAGACGAUAUGUUGGUAAGUGUGGACACCGAAGAAGAAGCUAUUAAAUUAGCUCAAGACGUUCGUCAUGUCCAUGCACUUGGAGGCUUUCAAUUAAGAAAUUUUUUGUCCAAUUCGAGUCGGGUAUUAUCUGCCCUAAAUGAGAAUCCGCUCGAUGAGCUAUCUCUCGAUCUUGAUCGUGAACUGCCUACUGAAAAGGUUUUAGGCAUGUGGUGGAUUACGUCUAGCGACCAUUUCGCAUUUCGCGUGUCCGCUAAGUAUAGAGAUUCUGACAUAUUUCUUCAUCAAAGGCGGCCUACUAAGCGCGAGGUUUUGAGUUUGGUCAUGACUAUUUACGAUCCUCUUGGACUCAUCAGUUUCUACGUAAUAUAUGCAAAGGUUAUCCUACAAGAAAUAUGGAGAGCUGGAUGCGACUGGGAUGUUCCAAUCCCUGAUGACCAAUUUGCCAAGUGGCUAAGAUGGCUCAAACUAAUUCCGAAAGUAGAAAGUCUAAGAAUUCCAAGAUGCUAUGGGGGGAUUGGCGGAGCUCCACAAAUCGAAUUACACACGUUCGUUGAUGCAAGUGAAACUAGCUACGCAGCAGUUUGUUACCUUCGAUACUCGUAUGACGAUACGGUUAGCUGUACAAUGAUCGCAAGCAAGACAAGGGUGGCGCCAUUGAAGCUAAUAUCCAUACCACGUUUAGAACUGAAAGCAGCACUUUUAGGUGCUCGUCUCGCCAAACAUGUUAUCGAAUCGCACUCAAUCCACAUUGAUAAAUGCGUUUACUGGUCAGAUUCCCGAACGGUAUUAGCGUGGCUACGAUCCGAUCACCGGCGCUAUAAACAAUUUGUAGCCUUCCGGGUUAGUGAAAUUUUAGAGCUGACCGACGUUAACCAAUGGCAUUGGGUUCCAACUGAGGACAACGUUUCCGACGAAGCAACCAAAUGGAAUGGUGAUCCAGACUUUUCUAAUGACAGUCGAUGGUUUAGAGGGCCAUCAUUCUUGUACCUCUCGCCUGACAAGUGGCUUAUGUCUGGCGAAUUGCAAUGCAUUGCAACGGAAGAACUGCGUCCACAAUUUACUGGCUUUCAUCACCCAACCUCAAAACAACACCAGGUAGUACCAGAGCCACUGAGAUUUUCAACUUGGAACCGUCUACUUCGUGCAACAGCUAUGACAAUGUAUUGUGUUCGGGUCUGGCUAAGCAUUAUUCGAGAUAAUCAACCUGUUGGUAAUGGACCAACUACUGAAGAUUUUCGUAAAGCGGAACGUUAUCUUUGGAGAAAGGCGCAACACGACAACUUCGGAGACUCUAUCGCAACUCUGGAAGCCGGAAAGCCAGUUGACAAAUCCAGCAAUAUUCUGAAGCUAUCACCUUAUCUGGAUGAUCACGGCGUUUUGAGAAUAAAUGGUCGAGUUAAGAUAACAGGGCGACCAGAUCAAGUAUUAUUGCCCUCAAAUCAUCACGUUACGUACCUUAUCAUUAACCACUUCCAUGUAAAGUACCAUCAUGGAAAUUUGGAAACAGUGGUGAAUGAGAUAAGGCACUUCUAUUGGAUUAUAAAACUACGAACAGUGGCCAAUAAGAUUCGACGUAUUUGUCAGCAUUGUAAAAACAGAGCAUCUCAACCUCGGCCACCUAUGAUGGCCUCUCUGCCCGCCUUCCGGACCUCAGCAUUUAGUCGACCGUUCUCCUAA